AUGCUGAAAAUUGAGGUCACUACCCCUUCACCCGAACACUCGCGGGGGCACGUCCCAACUCUCGCGGACCUGAGCAGAAAUGCUUCGGUCAUCUCGUCAUCCUCGAGCUCGAGCUCGACAUCUUCCCUAGUCUUGAAUACACCCCGUCCUCGACCAAUCCGAACUUUUUCUUCGCCCCGUUCACGCAGUCCUGCUUCCCCUCCCACUCCUAGAGCCACUAGGCCGCCAGCGUACCUCUCGAAGGAGCUCGGACUUGACGAUGAGGAGGUUGAGCGGCAACUGGCCCGGGACGCAAAGGCCGGAGCACGAGCUAGUUCUCGAGCAGCCUCCCGAGUCCGGGGGUCGAGGAAUAGCUCUGCUACCCGUGUCGUGGCCUCCGACUUCCAGUUCGGAGAGAUCCUGGGCGAGGGAUCGUAUUCAACUGUGAUGCGCGCUGUCUACAGAGCCACCGGACAGGAAUAUGCCAUCAAGGUGCUCGACAAGAACCACCUGAAGCGGAACCAGAAAAUGCAGACCGCCAUGGUUGAGAAGAACUCGUUAGUAAGACUCGGGUCGGGGCACCCGGGUAUUGUCCGGCUACACUGGGCCUUCCACGAUGAUUGGAGUUUGUACUUCGUUCUUGACCUGGCCAGGAACGGGGAGAUGCAAUCCCGCAUAUCUCGGAUGGGCUCGCUAUCUACAGAGUGUACGCGCUACUACGCCGCGCAGCUGGUCGACGCGCUCGAGUACAUGCACUCAAAGGGCGUCAUUCACAGGGAUUUGAAACCAGAGAACCUGCUGCUAGAUGACGCCUUCCGGAUCAAGAUCACUGAUUUUGGCACGGGCAAAUUACUCGAUUCCGGAGAGGAGAAAGCCAAAACAUUUGUGGGCACUGCACAAUAUGUGUCACCAGAGUUGUUGGAGGCUUGUGAAACAACGCCUAGCUCGGAUCUUUGGGCUUUGGGGUGCAUUAUAUAUCAGAUGAUCGCCGGGCGCUUCGCCUUCCAGGGGUUGUCUGAAUACCUGACAUGGCAGAAGAUCAAGCAACUCGAUUACACGUUCCCCGAGGGCUUCGACGAGCAGGCGAAGGACUUGGUACAGAAACUGCUGCUGCGAGAUCCGGAGCAGCGUCUGGGCGCUGGCCCGCCCGGGAGCCCGAACGACAUGCAAGCGCUGCGCGCGCACCCAUUCUUCGCCGGGAUCAACUGGAAGACGCUGUGGAAAGACCCGGCGCCGCCGCUCGAGUCCGGGCUCGUGAAGCGGGAGCAGAAGCCAGACGCGUACGGGGCGAACUGGGACGUGGACGCGCAGUGGGAUAACCUGAUGAACGGGCGCGACUCGGACGAGAUCAGCUGGGCGUCGGAUGAGGAGCAGCCGGGGGAGAGCUCGACGGGGCACGAGCACGUGCCGAAUGGGUACGCGCAUGAAGUGGGCCCGAUGGGCGAAGUGCCGUGGUAUGCAAACGGUGCGGGUGGGUCGCUGGCGGAGCCGAUACGCGUGCCCUCGCCGACGAGGAGGGAUCGGGGGAGUUACUCGACGGGCUCGGCGACCAGCUCGAGUGAUGGGAGCCCGGUGGAGAAGUUGAGCGCGGCGCUGGAUGCGAUGAUGUUUGAUAGAGGGAGGAAUAGGGCGCAGACGCCUAUACAAGGGAAUGGGCCUUCGGUCGAAUUCGAUUGGUAUGUCUUCCUUUUCCAUCCUCUUUGGGGAUGUGUCUGA